AUCUCUUCAAAUCCAUUUUUGUCUUUUUGACUUUUCUUCUCUUUCAUGAAUGCUGCACGAACUCUACGCACUGUCCGAGCACUCAAUGGAAUAGGAUUGCAUUUAGAACGCAAUUCAAGAGGCAUUUUGCCCUUGACAGCUGUCUAUACCCAUUCCCUAUACCACUGUUAUUCCUCGACUUCUGUUAAAAUAAACGCACUCAACACAACUUCACUAGGCCCCAGCGCAUUAACUGGUUUUCAUGCCGAGCUAUUAAAAGAUGUCACGUUUGGCGAUUACCCGGUUCGAACCCACAAGUGCGGUGAACUUGAUAAGCUCAAUAUAGGCGAACGUGUCGUUUUGUCAGGAUGGGCACAAAAUAUCAGAAAAUUCUCGAAUGAGCUGAUAUUUUUACCACUGCGCGACCACUCCGGAAUAGUUCAAUUAGUCCUAAAAGGAGCAGGCUCCGACAGGGACAAGAUCCGACAAACUCUUGAGGAUCUAAGCCCAGAGAGCGUAAUCUGCAUAGAGGGAGUUGUUGUGGCUCGGGAAAAAGGGGCAAUCAAUCCUAAAAUGGCAACUGGCGAUAUUGAGGUAGAGCUUACUUCGGCACAUCUUCUUAACAAAGCCCACAAAGCUCUACCCUUUCUUCCAGCAAAUCACUCUUUAGUUAACGAGGAAGUUCGUCUCAAGUAUCGGUGUCUGGAUCUGCGUCGUGAGACUCUUCAGAGAAAUUUACGCGACCGAUCAUUAGCAGCCUGGGUUAUCAGGGAUUAUUUGAUUCAAAAUGCGUUCGUUGAAGUUGAAACCCCAUUACUGUUCAAAUCAACCCCGGAAGGUGCACGUGAGUUCGUUGUUCCGACUCGCGACAGUGGAAAUUUUUAUGCUCUUCCGCAAAGUCCGCAACAGUAUAAACAGCUGCUCAUGUCUAGUGGAAUUGAUCGCUACUUCCAAAUUGCAAAAUGUUUUCGUGAUGAAGAUCUCCGAGCAGACCGUCAACCGGAAUUCACACAAAUAGAUCUGGAGGUAUCAUUUGGUUCUGCGAAAGAUAUUCAAGCUCUUGUAGAGGGCCUUGUUCGAUCUGUCUGGAAAAGGCUUAAAAACAUCGAUCCUCUUGCAGGAGAGUGUUUUCCUCGAAUGAACUACCAAGUAGCCAUGUCGAAGUACGGUUCCGAUAAGCCUGACACCCGCUUCGGUUUAGAAAUUCAGCAUGUAGCGGAUAUUAUCGGCGACAAUGUUUUGGAGGCUAUUGUGCUAAAAAGAGAUAUGAGACUUCCUGGGUCGGAUCUCAAGAAGCUAUCGCAGCUGAAUGAUAAGAUUUUACCAGUUGUCAAGAUCAACGACAAGAAUAUCGACUCUUGGAUCAUGAAAUUGCCAUUCAUACAACAAAUCAAAGGAUCUAUAAAUUUAAACGAGGUUAAUAGUACAUUGGGCAUUCAAAGUGGCGACUGCCUAAUUCUCAAUACACGACCAGCGUUCCUGUCGGGUGGUAGCACUGUUUUAGGCAAGGUUCGAUUGGAGCUUGCGAAUGUUCUCCAAUCCAAAGGCUUGAUAAAGAUUCCAACAUCCCAAUAUAACUUUCUAUGGAUCGAAGGCUUUCCAUUAUUCUCGCCUGUGGAGGAUAUUUCCUUGGUUAGUGAAGUUAAUGCAAGACUCACUGCGACGCACCAUCCAUUCACUGCUCCAAUGCCAGAGGAUCUUCAUCUACUUGACAAUGCGCCGGAGAAAGUCAGAGGACAACAUUAUGACCUGGUGUUGAAUGGUGUUGAAAUUGGUGGUGGCUCUAUUCGUAUUCACUCUCCUAAGCUACAGACAUAUGUCUUUGAGCAUAUAUUAAAGAUGACCCCUGUUGAAAGUAAGCGCUUCUCGCAUCUAAUUGACGCACUUUCUUUUGGAUGCCCACCACAUGGCGGCUUAGCUUUGGGCUUUGACCGGUUGAUGGCCAUCUUAUGCGAAACACCAUCCAUUCGUGAUGUAAUUGCAUUCCCAAAAUCCGCAUCGGGACGAGAUCUCGUUGUAGGGAGUCCUUCGGCCAUGACGGACCAGCAGCUCAGAGAAUAUAAGAUUCGGGUUGAAAAAUGAUUUACAACGAUGCGUAAAAAUGUUCAUAAAGUACUUGAUCAUUGGCCACCUUUCUACACAUUCUACAUUCUCAUUAAACCAUGGAAAAAAUUGCAUUGCAGAAGAUAAGAUAGAGGACUUUGUGCUCUUAAAGGGAUAUAAAAUUGAAAUACUCUUCAGGCCCUUCUUGCGGCACCAUCGCUACAAAUGCUG